GUAGGUCUCGUUUGAAAGAUGUUUUUGGCAGCAUGGACGUCGCGAUUCCAAAUUGUAUCACAGUUUUAUACUGCAAUACAGCAUGUACUCUUCGCUUUGCUGUUGCUGACGUUACAUUAUCUAAAAGUCGAAUGCUUGCAUUUAUUACAGCUAGUAAUAUAUUCAUUGAUGAAGCAGAUUUUCACCUUUUCAUCUUCAUCAUCAAUAGGUACUUUUGCCUUCUUUGUUCGGACACAGAUUGCUUGUAGGCAAUGCAUGUGUGGCUUGCUUACAGGAUGGGCACGUAACCAUUUUCGUUGUUUUAUUAUCAGCUUUGACUUCUUGGAGAGCUUCUUUUUUUUUAACCUUUUUUGACUACACUGGCUUGAACGAAGAAGCACUACAGAUUGAUACUAUGACGGAGUUCAUCACAUCACUUCAACAAACUGUGGAAGAGCAAUCUAGAAGUCAGCCUCCGCCGCAGCCAAUGCAAGCUAGAAAACACAAUAAUAACAUUAACAAUAUUGGUCAUCUACAUAAUAAUAGCCUUCAUUAAUAACGCUAUAUUCUAUUUAUACAAUUGUACAAGCUACAGACAAUCGA